AUGCCAGAGAAACAGCCUGAAGCUAUAUUAAAACGGAAGCUGGUAAUCAUAGGAGAUGGUACAUGCGGGAAGACUAGUCUUCUAAAUGCAUUUAGUCUUGGCUAUUUUCCAGCUGCGCCUACAGUUUUCGAAAAUUAUGUGACAACAUGCAUAGUCAGUGGUAAAUAUAUUGAAUUGGGGCUCUGGGACACGGCUGGUCAAGAAGAUUAUGAACGACUACGACCUUUAGCGUACUUAAACACCCAUGUUAUCUUGAUUGGAUUUGCUGUGGACGCCCCUGAUUCAUUGAAGAAUGCCGAGCAGAAGUGGGCGCAGGAAGCCAAAGAGCAAUGUCCUGGAGUACCCAUCAUACUGAUUGGACUGAAGAAAGAUCUUCGUGAAAAUCACUCCACGGUCCAAGACAUGGUGAAACGAUCGCUGAAUUUCGUCACGCCCGAACAAGGGGCUGAGAGUUGCAAACAAGUAGGAGCAAUAAAGUAUCUUGAGUGCUCCUCUUUGACAGGGGAAGGGGUGGAUGAUGUUUUUGAGGUAGCCACGCGUGCUGCCAAAAUCAUGUUUAAGAAGCACAAAAGGGGGUGCUGUGCUAUACUAUAA